CCGGCGCUCCCCACACCCUCUCCAGCCGGCCGGCCACGCAGACAUGCGCCCGCUGCUGCUCUGCGCCUCUCUGCUGGCGCUCAGCGCCGCCCCGGCGCUGGCCCAGGGCCGACGCCGCACCGCCGCCCAGCCGUCCGCGCCCCGGCGCAGGCCCGCCAGCCGCGUGGUGCCCGCGCGGACCACGCCGGCGCCAGAGGUGCCCGAGUUCGAGUCCGAGUGUCCGCUGCGCGACGGAGUGUUCGCCGACGCGUUCCAGUGCGAUCGCUACUACGAGUGCCGCGACUACGUGAUCACGGAGAAGCUCUGCCCGGACGGCCUGGUAUUCAACGACAUCAGCCCGACGCUGGGCCGCUGCGACCAGGUGUUCUCCGUCAACUGCACGGGCCGCGAGGAGCUGCAGGAGGCGCAGCCGACCGGCGACUGUCCGCGCCAGAACGGCUACUACGCCGAUCCCGACCCGACCAACUGCGGCACCUUCAUCCACUGCGUGGACGGCGUCAGCAACCGGGUGGAGUGUCCGUCGGGCCUGGUGUUCUCGCUGCAGAUGGGCACGUGCCAGUGGCCCGACCAGGCCGGCCGCACCGGGUGCUCGUCAGCAGAGGUGCUGGCGUUCGAGUGUCCGGGCGCCGGCGACCCGCGACUGGCCGGCGCGCCCGCCGACCUGCCGCUGCACCCGCGCUACGCCGACCCGGCCGACUGCCAGUUCUUCUUCUCCUGUCUGGACGGCGUGGUGCCGCGGCGACACGGCUGCGAACAGGGUCGCGUCUUCAACGACGAGACCAAACAGUGCGACAAGCCGGAGAAUGUGCCCGAGUGCAACUACUAGAGCGUAGACCGGCGGGGAAUCGGUAGGAGACGCCGCACAGAACCAGUUCGGCAGUGCGAAGUGGUUAUCGUCCAAGCCGGGUGUCGUUUGAAAACCGGCGUGGAGACGUCAGUUGACUGAUUAUCCUGUUUGUCUUUGUUGCUCAUUGUGUAAAUGUACGUUUGUGUGAAACGUGCAAUGCUCGUUAAAAGCAUUGGCGGGUUUGCAUAAUACACAUGCAUAUCAUCAUGAUUUGCGCCUUUAGUCGCCAGGAUAAAACGCAGCGCCGGCCAAGCGCUAUCAAUCACGCAACGAUCGAUUUGAAGCAUGACUGUCUUGUGCAUCUCGAGAGUCAUGCCUGAAUGCAUGUAAGGAUUUAUCUUAAGAUAGCUGGUUCCAAUUGCAGACUAUCGCAAUCUCACUUUGUUGUUAUAUUUGCAUGCAGGGACCAAAAUCACCCAUCUGGGUGAAACUGUAAGCACUUGUCGGAUGUCACCUUUGAUAAAGACAUGUUGGGAAUGGGCUCGAAUAUAAAAAUAAAAACAUGACUACAUGCAUGAA